AUGGAUUUCGGGUCUUUGGAGACCGUGGUGGCCAACUCUGCCUUCAUCGCCGCCCGAGGCAGCUUUGACAGCGGCAGCUCCCAACCCUCCCGGGACAAGAAGUACCUGGCCAAGCUCAAGCUGCCCCCGCUGUCCAAGUGUGAGUCCCUCCGCGACAGCCUCAGCCUGGAGUUUGAGAGUGUGUGCUUGGAGCAGCCCAUCGGCAAGAAGCUCUUUCAGCAGUUCCUGCAAUCGGCAGAGAAGCACGUGCCGGCCCUGGAGCUCUGGAAAGACAUUGAGGACUAUGACACGGCAGACAAUGACCUCCAGCCACAGAAGGCCCAGACCAUCCUGGCCCAGUACCUGGACCCCCAGGCCAAACUCUUCUGCAGCUUCCUGGAUGAGGGGACGGUGGCGAAGUUUAAGGAGGGGCCUGUGGAGAUCCAGGACGGGCUCUUCCAGCCCCUGCUGCAGGCCACCCUGGCACACCUGGGCCAAGCCCCCUUCCAGGAGUACCUGGGCAGCCUGUACUUCCUGAGGUUCCUGCAGUGGAAGUGGCUGGAAGCCCAGCCCAUGGGGGAAGACUGGUUCCUGGACUUCAGGGUCCUGGGGAAAGGGGGCUUCGGGGAGGUGUCGGCCUGCCAGAUGAAGGCGACCGGCAAGCUGUAUGCCUGCAAGAAGCUGAACAAGAAGCGGCUGAAGAAGAGGAAGGGCUACCAGGGUGCUAUGGUGGAGAAGAAGAUUCUGAUGAAAGUACACAGCAGGUUCAUCGUGUCUCUGGCCUACGCGUUUGAAACCAAAGCCGACCUCUGUCUGGUGAUGACCAUCAUGAACGGAGGCGACAUCAGGUACCACAUCUACAACGUGAAUGAGGAGAACCCUGGCUUCCCGGAGCCGCGCGCCGUCUUCUACACGGCACAGAUCAUCUGCGGCCUGGAGCACCUGCACCAGCGGCGGAUUGUCUACCGUGACCUCAAGCCCGAGAAUGUGCUGCUGGACAAUGAUGGCAAUGUCCGGAUCUCUGACCUUGGGCUGGCCGUGGAGCUGCUGGAUGGACAGAGCAAGACCAAGGGCUACGCAGGGACCCCAGGUUUCAUGGCCCCUGAGCUCCUGCAGGGUGAGGAGUACGACUUCUCCGUGGACUACUUUGCCCUGGGGGUCACCCUGUAUGAGAUGAUUGUGGCCAGAGGACCCUUCCGAGCCCGUGGAGAGAAGGUGGAGAACAAGGAGCUGAAGCACCGGAUCAUCUCAGAGCCCGUGAAGUACCCCGACAAGUUCAGCCAGGCCAGCAAGGACUUCUGCGAGGCGCUGCUGGAGAAGGACCCAGAGAAGCGCCUGGGGUUCAGAGAUGAGACCUGCGACAAGCUCCGCGCCCACCCCCUCUUCAAGGACCUUAACUGGAGGCAGCUGGAGGCUGGGAUGCUGAUGCCCCCUUUCAUCCCAGACUCCAAAACUGUCUACGCGAAGGAUAUUCAGGACGUGGGUGCCUUUUCCACCGUCAAAGGGGUGGCCUUUGACAAAACAGAUACAGAAUUCUUUCAGGAAUUCGCCACUGGCAACUGCCCCAUCCCCUGGCAGGAGGAGAUGAUCGAGACGGGCAUCUUCGGCGAGCUGAACGUAUGGCGCUCGGACGGUCAGAUGCCGGACGACAUGAAGGGCAUCUCCGGGGGCUCCGGCUCCUCGUCCAAGUCAGGGAUGUGUCUGGUUUCCUAGGUGACACCCCAGAGUCCACGUGGAGGAAAAGGACCCACAGGGCUCGGUGGGGGCCGCCUGCCUCCGUGGUGCCAGCCUGGGGUCUGCUAGCAAGGGGACACGUGGUUCCCUCCACCCAGGUCCCCAUCAUGCCAUCUCCUUGCGGCCCAAGAAGGAGAAAGCCUGCGUCGGCCUGAGCCGCCAGACGCACACCCUGGUGCCGUGAGCCCCCGACUGCAUAUUUCACGUCUUUUGCUCCAUCUCAUUGAGAAGACAUAAGAUGCUCUCCAGAGGGAGUAAGCCAAAAAUCUACAAACUCUUAGAGAGCCUUCCGCACUGGUGAGCGACCAACCGUGUGGCAGGGGCAGAGACUUGGCUUGGGCCUCCCAAGACCUUAGCCAUUGGCUUCCCAGAGCCACGUUCCUCAGCAGGAGGUGCACUGUGGCCAGGUCAGGGGUUGGUGAACCCUGGCCGCAGCCCCGGGCCCCACUAGGGAGGGCUGGACCUCGGCCCCCCCAGGUCCCUCUGUGCAGGCUCCUGCCUUCCAGGGUGCCCGGGCCCUGUGCUGGUGGCCUGCAUGACGCGUGGUCCCCUGCACCCUGCGGCGCCGUGGUCCUCUGCACACUGGGGCACCACGCUCCCCUGCACUCCGGGGUGCCGUGGUCCACAUCUGCCAGGCGCAGGCUCCGUUGGGCUGUUGGGAGGAGGGGAGUGGGUGUGGAGUCUGGGGGUCUCAGUGCAUCUUGGGGUCUCCUUAUCUCAGGGUGUCCAGCUGACGGCAGCUGGUGCAAAGUUCCCACCCCUAGCUGGGGGGCUGAAAAUGUUUUCUGUCUUGACCCUGAGCCCCGGAAGCACCUCAGCUGCUCUUGGCGGGGAAAGCUGGGACCGUUUGCUCUCUGACCCCUCCUUCCCACCGGGGCUGGUCCGUCUCAUCUCCCAGGGGACACUUCAGGCCACGGGCCUUGUGCACAGGGACAGAGCUCCUUGCUGCAACCCCUCUCUGUGUUCCCAGUAGCAGCAGCACUGGAGUCCUAAAGCCGUAGCCCGGGAAAACACUCACGGCCCACCCUGUCAUACGGCUCGGCCCCACCCACAAGGCACCUGGCAUUUCCAACUGCACUUUGAACACCGAAGGUUCCCCAAGUGCUUUGUGUGUUUUAACUGCAAGAAGUGAGUUCUGUUGCAACUGCCUCCAGGACACACUCCCUCCUGAGGGCCGGCGGUGCUGGCCUGGGUUCCAUGGCCUCAGCAGUGGGCUCAGAGGGAGUGCAUCCAAGCCUCAGGGAAGCAGUGGUGAUGGGCGGCCUGAGGACUCCUUUCCAGAGAGGGCCUCUGAGCUCCUCUUAGGAAAGAACUUCCUUUGAGCCCCGGCCACUGUUGCACCAGUGGGAGAAGGAGCCUGACCCUGCCACAUGUGGUCACGGGGAGAGAAGAUGGUAGGACGUCCCCGUGAGCCUUGGGGCAGAGCUGGUGGUAGAAAGAAGCCCUGUCUACUCUAAUUUGGUGAGAGGGGCCGCGGCAAGUGGCUGAUGAUGUGAUUGAUGGAGACAGGGUGGCUUGGGAAGGUCCCACUUGGGAGUGUCACGUCCUGCAGGGAGUGGAAGAGAUGGAUCCUCUGUAGCCUGGACUGGUGGGUCUCAGCCUCUCUCCCAGAAGUGACAGAGACAGCUGCCUGAGAGUCAGCACUGCGGUGGGCAGGGCCUAUGCCCUCACAGUCCUCAGGCUGCCAGGUCGUCCUCUUCCUGUUGGGGAGAAGAGGACCCUGGCAAUCCACAAUUUUGGAGAUUUGCUGGCUGCAGCCAAAAUGGGGACCCAACUCCCUUCUAUGUGGUUUUAGAGCUUCUGGAGGGAAGAUAGGCCACGCCCCUGGGUGAGGAGCACGUCUUCCCACAGAUCCCACGUCAGCCACACCCUGGGUGAGGAGCACGUCUUCACAUAGACCCCACGUCAGCCACACCCUGGGUGAGGAGCACAUCUUCCCAUAGAUCCCAAGUCGGCCACACCCUGGGUGAGAAGCACAUCUUCCCAUAGAUCCCAAGUCGGCCACACCCUGGGUGAGGAGCACGUCUUCCCAUAGAUCCCAAGUUGGCCAAACCCUGGGUGAGGAGCACGUCUUCCCAUAGAUCCCACGUCGGCAACACCCUGGGUUAGGAGCACGUCUUCCCACAGAUCCCAAUAGAACUCCACAUCGCCUGGUUUUGUGGAGACUUUCACAUGUCCUGUCAAGGUGCCUCAUGCACCUGCAGACUGUUCUCGGGAAGCAAACCUGGACUGCAGAAUAAACCUCCCGGCUCCUGUCCUGGCUCUGAGCGUCUGACACUUCUGAGACCUGGGAUGUUCAGGAGGAGCUGUGGGGCGUCCAGUGCUUUUUGUCAUAAAACUGCCCAUCCAUGUGCACCUGAGCAGGCGCAGGCAGGCCCAGGAGGAGGCCCGUGGGAAGCGGCCUGCCGGACAGAUUUCCCUGUCCACUCUUUCUCCUUCCUUCCUUCCUCCCUUCCUUCUCUUUCUUUCUCUUCUCUUCUUUCUUUCUUUUUCUUUCUUUCCUUCUCUCUCUCUUUUCUUUCUCUUUCUUUCGUUCCUUUCUUUUUUCCUUCUUUCUUUUCUUUCUUUUCCUUCCUUUCUUUCUUUCCUUCCUUCCUUCCUCCCUUCCUUCCUUCUUUCCCUCCCUCCCUUUCUUUCUCUUUCUUUUCUUUUCUUUUUGAGACUGAUCUCUCUCUGUCACCCAGGCUGGAGUGCAGUGGCACAAUAUCAGCUCACUGUAACCUCCGCCUCCCAGGUUCAAGCAAUUCUCCUGCCUUAGCCUCCCGAGUAGCUGGGACUACAGGUGCCUGCCACCACACCUGGCUAAUUUUUUGUACUUUUAGUACAGAUAGGGUUUCACCGUGUUAGCCAGGAUGGUCUUGAUCUCCUGACCUCGUGAUCUACCCGCCUCAGCAUCCCAAAGUGCUGGGUUUUUGUAUUUUUAGUAAGAGAUGGGGUUUCACCAUGUUGGCCAGGCUGGUCUCGAACUCCUGACCUCAGAUUAUCCGCCCGCCUCGGCCUCCUGUUUUGUUUUCUAGAAUGUUACACAUCGAUUAGGUAAUGGCUAUCAGUCCCACUUCAUACACUCUGGAACAUGAAAGACUCCAUUUCUAAUUUUUUAAACCCAUUUUAACCUGCCUUGCAUUCCUAUGGCCCUGGACAGGUGAGCAAUCUCGUCCUGGCUUUACUGGGAUCAGGGGGCUUGGAGGGGCUGUGAGUGGUUGCAGCGGUGGAGGGGAACCUGGCUCCUGGUGCCGGAGAGGAGCCCCGUGGCCCCCCAGGCCCACCAGCAAGACCCUCUGCCUGUCUUAGGGCUGGGUUGC